AUGUCCGCACAGGACUUUGGCGUGGUAACGAUUGUCCUCCCCAAUCCUCAGUACGACCCUUCCAAUGGUGCUCGGAUUGUCAAUGAGUCCUUUGGCUUCGCAUUGAGGGCCUCGGGCCUCAUCCGCACUCUUUCGCCGAACAACCCUCGUCACUACGACACUAUCCAGGGCCUCCUCUACGUUCCUGAACUUCCGCUGUCUACUCCCUGCGAUAACUCAACAUCCUCCUUGAUACCUGCGAAUGUGACCACACGAGCGGAUAUACCUCCAGGAGAUUAUCCGUUAAUUGCUAUAGCACCAUGGACAGAUCCAGCCUGCGUGCUUUCCUACCUGUCUGUAAUGCGCUCCGACGAGGUUCGCGGGGCCGUUUUCUUCCAUCCCAACAAUGACAGUGCGCAGCCGCCUCCUGUCAGUGAUCCAUCCUGGAGUCUCCAGGAUGGCGGUCAAUGGAAGUCGGCCAACGAUUAUCCAGUCUACGCUAUACCCGGGAUGGUGGGAGCCUUCCUUCUCGACGAACUUGCGCAGUAUUCCGGGAAUAUAUCCCAAGUACCAUACGGCAAUGAAUUGGAGCAGAUAUACGAUUUACACGACACCGUCAGGCUCUAUGCCAGAAUGGAUGUUGAUUCUUCAAAUGGAAUACCCUCCCUGUGGGUGUUCUUGAUCAUUGUUCUGGCCAUCCUCCUUGCCGUGGUUCUGACUACAUCCGUCAUCAUGCACUUGGUGCAGCGGAGACAGCGACGACAACUCCAGCGUCGGGUUGUUAAUGGUGAGGUUGAUCUUGAAGCAUUGGGGAUCAAAAGGCUCAAAGUGCCCCAAGAACUUUUGGACAAGAUGCCACAGUAUACUUACAUUUCCAAAACGGAACCGAACAACACCACCGCGGAAGACGAUGCGGACAAAGUUACGAGGCCAGAAUCGAAGGAGAGUAACAAUGAAGAUGUAUCCAACUCCGAAGUCCGCGAAAUUCUAUUCACUCAAUCAACGUGUCCGAUUUGUCUAGACGACUUCGUGCACGGUGAAACAACAGUACGGGAACUUCCUUGUAACCAUAUUUUCCAUCCCGAGUGCAUCGAUCCUUUCCUUCGAGACAACAGUUCAUUGUGUCCCAUGUGCAAGAAAUCAGCGCUUCCAAUCGGAUACUGUCCUGUGGAAGUCACAAACAUUAUGGUCCGGAGGGAAAGAUUGAUGCGGAGGGUGGCGCAGCGCGCUGUACCGGGAGCACUCCCAAAUUCAAGCUCACAUAGACUCUCUGCUCCGAUAGUGGCAUUGAAUCGCACUGUUCGGAACAUGUCGAGACAUCCUACCUAUCCGAGUCCGGAAGGCGGGCGCGCAACAGGGUCGGAAAUGCGGUCAACGGAGGGCCACAGCGACACUCGAGCGGAGGAAGAAAUACCCGCCGAGGUUCGAGCACAAGGCGUGUCCGCUCGAAGGGCAUGGCUGCGAGAGCGAUUUGCCCGGCAACAAGAGCGCAGUUAUGACGAAAGAGCUGACGAAGCCCGUGCUGUGGAUGUUUCGAGGCCUCUCUGGCGCCGGAUAGCUGGUCGUGUGAUCCCCAGCCUCGAAUAA